UGAGACAGUCGCUGCCGUGGGGAAUCUGGCGAGAUGACUUCCCAGCCCGACUCCGACCAGUUGGUUUUCUUUGUGAAUGGGAGAAAGGUGGUGGAGCAGAAGCCCGACCCCGAGGUCACCCUGCUGUUCUACUUGCGGAGAGUCCUACGCCUCACGGGCACCAAAUUCGCCUGCGGAGAAGGUGGCUGCGGCGCCUGCACCGUCAUGGUGUCCAGAUACAACGCCUGGAGCAAGGAGAUCCGCCACUACCCAGCCACCGCCUGCCUGGUGCCCUUGUGCUCGCUGCACGGGGCGGCCGUCACCACCGUGGAAGGCGUGGGGAGCAUCAGGACCAGGGUCCACCCCGUGCAGGAGAGGAUCGCCAAGUGCCACGGCACGCAGUGCGGCUUCUGCAGCCCCGGCAUGGUGAUGUCGCUGUACACGCUGCUGCGCAACCACCCGGACCCGACUCCGGACCAGGUCACGGAGGCGCUGGGCGGUAAUUUGUGCCGCUGCACUGGAUACCGACCGAUUGUAGAAAGUGGAAAAACCUUCUGUGUGGAACCCACUGCCUGCCCAGCAAAGGGGUCAGGAAGGUGCUGUCUGGAGCAGGAGGAGGAGGAGCGGGGCUCCACACACGCACAGGAGGAGAUGUGCACCAAGCUGUACAACGCUGAUGAGUUCCAGCCGCUGGAUCCCUCCCAGGAGCCCAUCUUCCCACCAGAGCUGAUAAGGAUGGCCGAGGACCCCAGCAGGAGGAGGCUGACGUUUCUGGGGGAGAGGACCACCUGGCUGGCCCCAGCGACCUUGCCGGACCUCCUGCAGCUGAGAGCCAGUUUCCCACAUGCCCCACUCGUCAUGGGGAACACGACCGUGGGACCCAACAUCAAAUUUAAAGGUGAAUUCCACCCGGUGCUCAUCUCCCCGGCCCGGCUUCCGGAGCUCUGUCUGGUGAACUCCGAGGACAACGGGGUGACCAUAGGCGCAGGACACAGCCUGGCCCAGCUGAGCGACACCUUGCAGUCCGUUGUUUCUGAGCAACCGCCGGAGAAGACAGAGACGUGCCGUGCGCUGCUGAAGCACCUGCGGACGCUGGCCGGGCCCCAGAUCAGGAGCAUGGCUACUCUAGGAGGACAUGUGGCGACCCGGGCUACCAUUUCUGACCUGAACCCCAUCCUGGCAGCAGGGAAGGCCUCCAUCCGCCUGGUAUCCAAGGAAGGGGAGCGGCAGAUCCCACUGGAUAGUGCCUUCCUCGAGGGGGCCCCUGAGGCCAGCCUGCGGCCCGGAGAGAUGGUGCUGUCCGUCUUUAUCCCCUACACCAAUCAGGUGAGCCCCAGCCCCAUGAGCGUGCGUUUUGAGGCCGGAACCAGCAUCAUCCGAGAGCUGCACAUGUUCUACGGCGGCGUGGGCCCCACCGUGGUCUCCACGCCCCGCACCUGCGAGCAGCUGGUUGGCAGGCAGUGGGAUGACCAGACGCUGAGCGAGGCCUGCCGCGGGGUCCUGGCCGAGGUCCACCUGCCCCCCGACGCCACAGGUGGCCAGGUGCAGUUCCGGCGCACGCUGCUGCUCAGCCUGCUCUUCAAGUUCUACCUGAGCGUGCGGAGGGCACUGAGCAGACUGGAUCCGCAGAAGUUUCCUGAUAUCCCAGAACAGUUCACGAGUGCGCUGGAAGAUUUCCCCAUAGUAACGCCCCAAGGGGUCCAGAUGUUCCAGUGCGUGGACCCGCACCAGCCCCUGCGAGACCCCGUCGGCCACCCAGUCAUGCACCAGUCGGCCCUGAAGCACGCCACAGGGGAAGCAGUGUUUGUGGACGACAUGCCCCCUGUAGACCAGGAACUGUCCCUGGCCGUCGUCACCAGCACCAGGGCUCACGCCAAAGUCAUAUCCAUCGACACCGCAGAAGCCCUGGCUCUCCCAGGGGUGGUCGCAGUGAUAACCGCAGAGGAUGUUCCCGGGGAGAACAACCACCAGGGAGAGAUUUUCUACGCGCAGAGUGAGGUGAUCUGCGUGGGCCAGAUCGUGUGCACCGUGGCUGCCGACACCCACGCGCACGCCAGGGCGGCAGCCGAGAAGGUGAAGAUCGAGUACGAGGACAUGGAGCCGCGGAUCAUCACCAUCGAGCAAGCCCUGGAGCACAAUUCGUUUCUUUCUCCGGAGAGGAAAAUUGAGCAAGGAAAUGUGGAGCAGGCCUUUAAACACGUGGACCAAAUCAUUGAAGGCGAGGUGCACGUGGAGGGCCAGGAGCACUUCUACAUGGAGACACAGACCAUCCUGGCCAUCCCGGGGGACGAAGACAAGGAGAUGGCGCUGCAUCUGGGCACCCAGUUUCCCACCCAUGUGCAGGAGUUCGUGGCCGCAGCUUUAAAUGUCCCAAGGAGCAGAAUCGCCUGCCACAUGCGGAGAGCUGGAGGAGCAUUUGGGGGCAAGAUGACCAAGCCAGCCCUGCUGGGCGCCGUUGCUGCUGUGGCUGCCAACAAGACUGGCCGCCCAAUCCGGUUUGUGCUGGAGCGAGGGGAUGACAUGCUGAUCACAGCCGGCCGCCAUCCACUCCUCGGAAGAUACAAGAUUGGCUUCAUGAAGAGCGGGCUCAUCAAGGCUGCGGACCUGGAGUUCUACAUCAAUGGCGGCUGCACCCCGGAUGAGUCCCAGCUGGUGCUGGAGUUCAUCGUGCUGAAAUCUGAAAACGCAUAUCACAUCCCCAAUUUCCGGUGCCGGGGCAGGGCCUGCAAAACAAACCUUCCGUCCAACACUGCCUUCCGGGGCUUCGGCUUUCCCCAGGCGACUGUGGUGGUGGAGGCGUACAUGGCCUCGGUCGCAGCUCACUGUGGCCUGCUCCCUGAAGAGGUGAGAGAAAUAAACAUGUACAAGAGGACAAGCCAGACAGCCUACAAGCAGACGUUCAACCCCAAGCCCCUGCGCCAGUGCUGGAAGCAGUGUCUGGAGCGGUCGUCCUUCCACGCCCGGAAGCAGGCUGCGGAGGACUUCAACAGGCAGAGCUACUGGAAGAAGAGGGGGCUCGCUGCGGUCCCCAUGAAGUUCACCAUCGGCGUCCCCAUAGCCUACUACCAUCAGGCAGCGGCUCUGGUCCACAUCUAUCUGGACGGCUCAGUCUUGCUGACCCAUGGUGGCUGUGAACUUGGACAAGGCCUGCACACCAAAAUGGUCCAGGUGGCCAGUCGGGAGCUGGGCAUCCCCACAUCCUACAUCCACCUCUCGGAAACCAGCACCGUGACAGUGCCUAAUGCCGUCUUCACCGCGGGCUCCAUGGGCACAGAUGUCAACGGGAAGGCCGUGCAGAAUGCCUGCCAAACCCUCAUGACCCGUCUUCAGCCCGUCAUCAGGAGAAACCCUCAAGGGACAUGGGAGGAGUGGAUCAAAGAGGCCUUCGAGGAAUCCAUCAGCCUCUCGGCCACCGGCUAUUUCAGAGGCUACCAGACCAACAUGGACUGGGACAGGGAGCAGGGGGACGCCUUCCCCUACUACGUGUAUGGAGCAGCCUGCACUGAGGUCGAGAUCGACUGCCUAUCCGGGGCCCAGAAGCUCCUGAGGACUGACAUCUUCAUGGAUGCUGCCUUCAGCGUCAACCCAGCCGUAGAUAUUGGCCAGAUCGAGGGGGCCUUUGUCCAGGGAAUGGGACUGUACACCACAGAAGAACUGAAAUACUCCCCACAAGGCAUGCUGCAUUCUCGGGGCACCAAUGAAUACAAAAUCCCCACUGUCACCGAGAUUCCAGAAGAGUUCCACGUCACCCUAGUGCACUCCCGAAACCCCAUAGCCAUCUACUCCUCCAAGGGCCUGGGCGAGGCAGCGAUGUUCCUGGGUGCCUCGGUGCUGUUCGCCAUCGCAGAUGCCGUGGCCACCGCCCGCAGAGAGAGGGGGCUGGGCGAGACCGUCACCCUGGGCAGCCCGGCGAGCCCCGAGUGGAUCCGGAUGUCGUGCGAGGACCAGUUCACCGACAUGAUUCCCAGUGACGACCCUUCAACAUUCACACCAUGGUCCAUCCCCGUGUCCUAAUCCUGUGUUUUCUAGAAAAUGAGGCCACGUGGUCUUCCUUAGAGUCUCAAACCAGAGCAAAUAGCAUUACUCAACUGGCAAGAGUAAUUUUAGCAGUUGGUAAUUAUUCCCUGUGGUUUAGGCUACUGCAUGAUUAUGUUUGAAGAUGCAAAUUUUUACCAAAUAGUGUAAUAAAAC